AGGGAAAAAGAGUGAGAAGGCUGCAGAGAGACGAAAAAGGCAAGAACGGAGACAGGAGGAGAGAGGGCGACAGGGCCGAGUGGGCACCGAGGCCUUAGCCCGGGUGAGCUUCUGGUGGGGUUUUGGAGUGGGUUUUUCGAGGCUGGCACUCACGUUCCUUGGGUCAGGAGUGAGGAGAGCCAAGUUACUAUGCGGUGAAAGAGCCUGGCAGAGAUAUAUGUAAAUCAGGGCUGCUUGCGCCCCAGAGCCGCUCAAUCACGCCCCUGGAAGGAGAAGCAACAAGCUCCUAGCCAGCAAGCUACAGAGGGUGGCGGCGUCGCGGGGGAGGGAGCGGCUGCAGGAAGGGGUGUGGAGAGUGGGAACCUCACACCCUCACACCUAGUCCCCAGUGCCCUGAGCCGGGACUCCCCCCUCCGCUCCCCGCUUCUUUCCCUUCCCCCUUCCUCCCCCUUCCUCCUCCUUCCUCCCCCUCCCUCCUCCUCCCCUCCGUCCUCGGUCCGCGUACUUAAAGCGGCGCGGGCGGGCGGCCCAACCGGGCGGUGGCAGAUGCACCCAGCAGUGGCAGCCACCGGCAGCACACAGGUGACCCAGUCUGCGGAGCAGCCUAGUCGGGGGGCGCCCAGGGAGAUCUGGCUGGAGAGCGAGGCCAGAUCCGCCCCCAACGCGCGUGUCUCGGCGCCAGGAGCCGUCCCGGGGCGUGUUGGCGAGCACUGAUAUAGAUAUAAGGACAUUUCUCUCCAUGGCGUCACGUGACAUAAUUACCACCAGAAUCAAUCAAGAUGAAUUGCACGUCAGCGCCCGGUGGGGAUUUUUGCUUAGUUGAUCCUGGCCCAAGCCUCUUGUGCAAUCAAUGGCUCAGGUUGGCGGCGCGGGGAGCGGCCCGGGGCUCGCCGGUGCGCACGCCGCGGAGCCAUGAAUGACUUUGACGAGUGCGGCCCGAGCGCAGCCAGCAUGUACCUGCCCGGCUGCGCCUACUAUGUGGCCCCGUCGGACUUCGCCAGCAAGCCAGCGUUUCUGUCGCAACCGUCGUCCUGCCAGAUGACUUUCCCCUACUCUUCCAACCUAGCGCCGCACGUCCAGCCGGUGCGCGAGGUGGCCUUCCGCGACUACAGCUUGGAGCGCGCCAAGUGGCCGUAUCGCGGAGGCGGCGGCGGCGCUGGGGGCGGUGGCGGCGGGGGCGGCCCCGGCGGGGGCGGUGGCGGCGGCGGCGCGGGGGGCUACGCUCCCUACUACGCGGCAGCGGCGGCCGCGGCGGCGGCGGCGGCGGCAGCGGAGGAGGCGGCCAUGCAGCGCGAGCUGCUCCCGCCCGCGGGCCGCCGGCCGGACGUGCUCUUCAAGGCGCCGGAGCCCGUGUGCGCCGCGCCGGGGCCGCCCCACGGCCCUGCGGGUGCCGCCUCCAACUUCUACAGCGCCGUGGGCCGCAACGGCAUCCUGCCGCAGGGCUUCGACCAAUUCUACGAGGCCGCGCCCGGGCCCCCGUUCGCCGGGCCGCAGCCCCCGCCGCCGCCCGCGCCGCCACAACCCGAGGGGGCUGCCGACAAGGGAGACCCCAAGACCGGGGCAGGUGGCGGUGGGGACAGUCCCUGCGCCAAGGCGACCCCCGCCUCGGAGCCGAAGGGGGCGGCAGAAGGCGGCGGGCGUGACGGCGAGGGGCCCCCGGGGGAGGCGGGGGCUGAGAAGAGCGGCACAGUGGCCCCCCAGCGGUCCCGGAAAAAGCGCUGUCCCUACACCAAGUACCAGAUCCGAGAACUGGAACGCGAGUUUUUCUUUAACGUGUACAUAAACAAAGAGAAAAGACUCCAACUCUCUCGGAUGCUCAACCUCACUGACCGGCAAGUCAAAAUCUGGUUCCAGAAUCGCAGGAUGAAGGAAAAGAAACUGAACAGAGACCGUCUGCAGUAUUUCACUGGAAAUCCCUUAUUUUGAGAGCUCCAGGAAGCACUCCUCUCCCAUGACCCCCGCUCACUCACUCUCCUCUCUACCAGCCUGCCCCCGGCAGGCCCAGUGUCCUUGGGUUUAAUGACGCCUCUUCUCUGUGGAACUCCACCAUUCCUUCUCACGAUCAACUCGGGACCUCCCAGCGACCACUGCUACCUGCGGACCAGGCCCGGGACUUGGCCCAACGGAUCCUAAUAAGGGGAAAAUGGUAAAUGCAAACGUCCCUUUACAAUUUUACCGCCAAUGUGCUGUUGUUUUCCCUCCCUGUCCAGGUCCCGGUGGGGACGCUGUGGGAUCUGCAGAGAGUUAGGCCUGGGCGGCAAGGCACUUGCUUUUGUUCUGAGUGUAAGGGACCCUGUCUUUCUCCCUUGGUGAAUGCAGAUUAUUUAAACUCUGGGAAUGUGUACAUUUGGUCUGUCGUGUCAAGGCAUGAGUCACUGUCUUUUGUGUGAAUAAAUGGUUUCUAGUAAAAUGGAGGUUACAGCUUCAA